AUGUCACGGCAGCUUGGACCCCAAGAGGAAGCUACCCGAAAUGACCCGGCCCCGAAAGACAGUCAACUGAAUCAGCAUGGAACGAUCACACGCUAUAGGGAUCGAGCAGACGCGCCUGUUCAUGGCCGCCUUGAACAAGAAUAUCCUUAUGCGUCUUUGACAAAGGCGGGGAAUAUUCAUCUGCUCCAUCUCAUACCCAGUCGGGAACAUGACGGUCGGAUCGAAGCCAGACUUGUCGAGUAUCCUUUGCUACCAGUGACGCGAGUAUUGCACCUAUAUGAAGCCUUGUCUUACUCCUGGGUCACUGGCGGCUUUCCAGGAGUAUAUACGUUGAUGGCCUGGAGCUGCUGGUGA